AGCCGCAGCUGCAGAGCUGUGGCCAAAGAGAUCCAAACAGCGCGAGACAUGGCUAGAGAUGGCGGCGAGGGAUACAUCCAAAUUACGACCGCCGCUGCCGAUGCUCUGGUAAAUGAACAGGGGCCUUAAAUUCAGACCAUAAAGGGUUAAAAUAUAGGAAAAAAUAAAAUAAUAAAAAAAGAAAACAUCAAAAAGAAAACCGACUGCUUUAAAUAACACAAAACAAGAAAAUAAAACAAAGACACCAAGGAAAGGAAAAGAGAAAAGAACAAGACGCCGGUCUGUUGUGAAGACUUGUUUGGACCUUUCUCAAACAGAUCAGAUAGAUGUUUUGUCCGCAAGAUUGCACGUAUAAUGCAUGCUCAGCUGUCGAUGGAAUGUAUUGGCGAUCUGCACGGAGUGAGCCAUGAACAGGUGCCCGCCACGGCUGACCUGAUGAGCAGCAACAGUCCUCAUCACAGGAGCCCGGUGACCCAUCGCAGCAACCACUUGUCAGUCCACCCGCGCUCAAUGGGCAUGACAUCAAUCCUAGACAGCGGCGACUAUCAUCCCCACCGACCCACGGACCACGGUCUGGCCGGUCACCUGCACCCGGCUAUGACCAUGGCUUGCGAGGUUCCUCCCGGCAUGAACAUGAGCAGCACUUACACCACACUGACUCCCUUGCAGCCGCUACCUCCCAUCUCGACCGUCUCGGACAAGUUUCCCCAUCACCACCACCACCACCACCACCAUCACCACCCCCAUCAGCGGAUCCCAGGAAACGUGAGUGGCAGCUUCACCCUGAUGAGGGACGACAGAGGUCUGGCUCCGAUGAACAAUCUCUACGCCCCAUACCACAAGGAUGUUACCGGCAUGGGACAAAGCCUGUCCCCCUUAUCAGGAUCCGGUUUGGGCGGCAUACACAACUCCCAACAGGGGCUGCCGCCUUAUGCACACCCGGGUGCCACCAUGCCCGCGGAGAAAAUGCUAACGCCUAACGGAUUUGAAGCUCACCACCCUGCCAUGCUAGCCAGACAUGGGGAUCAGCAUAUGACUGCGUCCUCGGGGGGUAUGGUGCAGAUUAAUGGUAUACACCACCACCCGCACCCCCAUCUGAGCGCGCAGAGCCACGGCCAGGUCCUGGGCGCAACCCGGGAGCAAAACCUGUCUUCUGUGCCUGGAUCGCAUAUCAGCAACGGUAGCAGUACAGGGCAAAUGGAAGAAGUCAAUACCAAAGAAGUAGCGCAGAGAAUUGCUACUGAGCUUAAACGGUACAGCAUUCCCCAGGCCAUCUUUGCCCAGAGGGUACUGUGCCGAUCGCAGGGGACCCUCUCCGACCUUCUAAGGAACCCAAAGCCGUGGAGCAAGCUAAAGUCCGGUCGCGAGACUUUCCGGAGAAUGUGGAAAUGGCUGCAGGAGCCUGAAUUCCAAAGAAUGUCCGCUCUCAGGCUCGCAGGUGAGCGAACAAUAGCGUGUAAGAGGAAGGAACAGGAGCAGGGGAAGGGAGACAGAGGGAGCCUCUCCAAGAAGCCCAGGCUAGUCUUCACUGAUGUCCAGCGCCGGACUUUACAUGCAAUAUUCAAAGAGAACAAGCGUCCAUCCAAAGAGUUACAGCUCACCAUCUCACACCAGCUGGGUCUGGAGCUCACCACCGUCAGCAACUUCUUCAUGAACGCCCGGAGGCGGAGCCUGGAUAAGUGGCUGGACGACGGGGGCUUGAUCUCAGCCAACUCCUCAUCCUCAUCGAGCACUUGUACCAAAGCAUGAAAGAAUUAAAGACUGUAGACUGAAACCUCGGUGGAAAAGCUUUAAAAAUAAAACACACAGAAGCCUAACUCUAGACAGCAAGUUUUUGUCCUCAAAAACUGUCUGAGUGGAAAAAAGUGACUGUACUGAUGAUGUACCAAAUGUCCAAAGAAAAAACCAAAGACUUUGUUCGUUCGCAUAAGAGACUUUGUUCUGCAAUGCAUUUCAGCUGAACACCUUGCAAAAAAAGAGGAAAUAAGUUCACAAAAAAAGAAAAAAACAUUGCUAGUACACUUUUUAACCCAGAUCCUCCCACUUGUCAUUAUCUUUUGAAGUCAUUGAAGGUUUAAAUGGAGGUUCACAGUGUUGUCCUUUUUUUUACCUGAUUGGACACUAUUUCUGGUUAUGAGCUAUUGCAUUUACAUAGCUUUAUCAUAAAAGGUGUAAUGAUGCAGAGGGUCAAAAAACCACUGUGUGAGCCAGUGGGAAUGGAUCGUACAGGACUGUCCUAUAUGAGAGAACUGAGCAAAGGCAUGGCUGGAAUGCCAUGGAGAUGUUUGUGUUCUUUUUGGAUAGUCCCUCGAUUCCUGUCUGUUGAGAACUCAGGUAACCCUGGGAGCAGAAGGACCCAGGCUUCCAUCCGGAGAGUUCUGUCAUGGCAAACAUUGCUUUGAAUGUCACAGUCACAGUAGUGCUUUCUUCCUAAUUGUUUGAGACGUAUACUAGAUAACCAAAAAAAUUCCUACAUAGAAACACUCCUGUAUACAUUGGGAAGUUGUUUCAAAAUCACACAAUAUUAUAUUUAAAAACCAAAGAAGGAGUUCUAUUUUAAAUUAUCCAAAGAGUAUUUUUUCACUGUCUAUUUAUACAAAUCAACAUGACUGUUAAAAUGAAGGAUUUAAACAACCUCACACCCCAAAACCAAAAUUAAACUUGAAAGAAAGGAACGCCACUCAACAUUUAUGUAUAAAUGGUGAUUUAAAGGACAUUUAUAUUGACUGGCACCUACUUGUAGAAAUAAGAAAAAUGUCAUUCUCCAUCUGCAUAAGACUACUGAGCGAAAGUAUAAUGAUAUUUCAUGAGGUGUCAAUUUCAGAAGUGUAGACUUUAGGAAACACUGUAUAUUAUGCAUAAUUUAUAUGGUAAAUUGUGUUUUCAUCAACAUCAAGGACGUUUUAACAGGCUGACAAAUAGCUAUGAUCCAGUCAUAAAAAUACUUAUGUCUUUUGAUAUUUUUCAGAACAUACAGUCAUGGUCAAAUGUUUUAACAAAGAGGAAAAGAAAGGGCAAGAAAGACUCACAUGUGCUUGGUCUUCUCAUCAGUGUGGAAUUCCAUGCAGCCCUGCCCAAUGCGAUACAUGGUGUUUUUAAUCCGUUUGCCCUGCUCACCAGUGGACCAUGCAUCGUCUCUAUUAGUGCCCUGUACCUCUAAUGAUGGUGUUAAAACUAUCAAUUCCUGUGAUUAAAGAUAAAAUUUUAUAUUGAUAUUUUCAGGGAGAGCAAUGAUGUCACAUAAACAUUAACAAACAUCAUUUGCAUUAGGUGUGUUAAUAUGCCAGCUGCCAAAAACCAAAGAUUGAAUCUUACCGACUAGUAUUUUGUGUAAAUGCCCUUCUGUGAUCAGGUCUGUAAUAUAAUUUAAUUGCUGUUUUUAUUUAUUAUGAUUCAGGCAUAGUUUUACCUAUUUAAGUAAUCAAUACAAAAAUAUUGUUCAGUACACCUAAAAACAAAUCGCAUUAAAGUUAUGUCAAAUAACUUAAUGUAAAUAAAUUAAUGUUUCACGCAAACCUCUUAUUAGAUUAUAAAACAGUUUCAGUCACAAAGCCAUUGUAGAUAUAAGAUGCAACAUACUUUUAGUAUACCAGUAAUUUUUCUGUUCAUUCUUAGCAAGGACAAAUAUGUCCCUGUGUUUCCCAUAAAGCAAAGCCUACACAAAGUCAAAAGCUUUGUAAAAAGCUUGUCUAAAAUGUUGGAGAUAUGUAGCACACUUUAAACAUGCUAUAUUUAUGCAUACAUUUUCAUUAACACUGACAUCAAGCACACCAUUUAGAUUGAAAUACACUAUUCAGUUUCUUGAAUUUCAUGCUGCCCAAUGUUGUAAUUUUUCAAUGUGCCGUAUGUCCUAAGAAAAAUAUCAGACUUUUUUAGACUGUUUUACAACACAUAGCUAGCUACAGCAUGGCCCAUGGCAUCUGGAGUGCAACCUGCCCAAAUUCCAAGGUAUAAAUCUGAGACUGGACACAACAGAGACAAAUCAAAGAUGGUUGUGCCUCCAGUUUCUUCUUCAUUGCCGUAUUUCAUACUUGUAUUACAUUUCUCUGGCCUGUCCAACUUCAAUUGCACAUCAAUCAAACAGAUGUGAGCACCAUAGCCUCUCUACUUGUUCCUGUCUUUUCAUAAUCACUCUCUUCUGUCACCUAGGACAGUAAAUGAAAACUAUGCAUUUCACAACUGGGAAGAAAGCACUGCCUGAGCCUGUCCAAAAAUGGAUUGGGAGUGUUUGUUACUUAGCGACCUGCUGUACAGAUGGUUGUCCACUUUGUUACCAUAUUUCCGGCCUUGUUGUUUCCUGUGGUGUGGCUAGCUUUUAACAUAACACACUUGGUAACUAUUUACUUGUAUUACAACAAUUAGACAAAUUAUCUUAUGAAGUAGCUAUAUCUGCUUCUACAUGUAAAAACAAAAUGUGUAAAGAUCUUCUACUAUUUCUAGUGUGAACCAAAGAUGCUACCUCACUAUUUCCAUUCGUGAUUUUAAUCACAUUAUUGAUGAUACCAAAGAUUACCAAAGAUUUUCUCUUGCACGGCCUACACAAAUGAUGUGGUGGAUAUUUUUUGUUUCUGCGCUUUGUCCCCCCCCCUAUGCCCUCACCAUCCAGCCCCUCCUCUUCUGUCCCCAGCUUCGCCCCUUUGCUCAGUGUGAUAUUUCUUCACUACUAAUAUAAUAAUAAAGGUAUAGGCAAACAUGUUGCAAAUUUUGUAAAACCCACUGGACGAGUGCCUUGCUUGAACCAAAGUGUUGAACCGCUGUUGACCUCUGUGAUCUCUCACCUUUUUAUCUUAUACCUCAGCCUCUCGUAGGGCCACUAUUGAAGAAAAAAGGAAUACUUCUCUUACCAUGGUGCUUUUGCCAGCACAACCAUGCAAUGAAAGCGUACCAAAGGAAUUUCUUUUUUUCUGACAAACCAAAGCUCCCCUCCACCCCAAAAUCCCUCCCACAGUCUGCGUCGUCCCUACAAAAUAUCCACUGUGCAGGUCAUGCAUCUCUUCUACCAAUCUCUCUGAAUACCUCAUAGUAAUAAAGCUUUAGGGUUAUGUUGUAUAGAGAGUCUAUAUGUGAUUAAGGGAAAAUGUAACUAGUUUGAUAUCUGUUAUCAUUAUUUCAAAAAGCAUUAUAAUUAUUUAUUUGGAAGUUUUGGUCGGAACCACACUGUUUUGGUCACGGGUGAUGUGUUUUGAGGAUAUGCGGUGGAGGUGUGCCGGAUAUGAAGAAAAAACACUUAUUUUUUCUUAAGAUAUUGUGUUAUUCUAAUAUUGUAAUGAUGGUAGACUUGUUUUUUUUAACAGGGUAAUACCAACUGCUGUGAAAAUGUGUUCAUAUUUCCUCCUUUCUCUACUUCUGUGUAGUGAUUCAAUUUAAUUUAAUUGCAUUUUGUAUGGCUUAAUCACUGUUUUAAUUUAUGCAUUUGUAGAAAAUCUAGAUUUGUAUAUAGUAGAUUUGGGGGAGGGGGGAUCACCCAACAUUUGAUGCUACAACUUUAUUUUUCAUGCUUAGAUAUGCUGAAGGAGUGGGGGUUUUUUUUACUGUGGGGUAACCUUCACAAAUAUCUUUGCAGGCACUUCGAUGUGUUCUAAACACUGCCAAGUACCAAAAAAUGUUGAUAGCCUAUGGAAACAUGGUUUAUAAGGUGUUAUCAUGUUACUCAAAUGGCAAAAAAAGCAGUGUAUGUGUUUUGUUUUUUGUAUAAGUUUGACUUUUUAAAAGAAAAUAAUUGUUAUUUUAAUGGAUAUUACUGCACAUCCAAAGAUUUAUUGAAAAAAAAAACCAAAUGAACCAAAAAAGGAAAAAACAAAAAAAAAUUGUUAAAUGUUGAAAAGCACUGGCAUUUGUGAGGUAGAAUUGUUGAGUUUUAAUUUGCCAUUCGCACGGGUAUAGAAAUUAGAAGGGUGUAGAACUACGUAGACGAGCAAACUCGACCGUUUGGGAUGUUCUGUCAAGUGUACAAUCUGCGGGUGUUUAAACAAGGGCUGCAAGCCCUACUAACUUUGCUGUCUCAUGCACUGAGUAAGGUGGAGUCUAGGCUGGGCAGCAGGUCUGCCGGGGGCUGUGUCACAUUGCUGGGUACAUUUUUAUUCAUGUGACACCGCUGUCUAGUUCCAUCGAGUAUCUGUUAUUUUGGUGCGUACUCGUGUAAUGACAAUGAGCAAAGUCUAAUAAAUCGAA